CCGCCUCCUGUGCCCUCUUCGCCCCCCUCUUUUGGGGGCCCUGUGACCCUGAAUGUGGGGGGCACACUCUAUUCCACCACUUUGGAGACCCUGACUCGUUUCCCAGACUCCAUGCUGGGGGCCAUGAUUAGGGCGGGCACCCCCAUACCCCCCAACCUCAACCCACAGGGAGGCGGCCACUACUUCAUCGACAGAGAUGGCAAGGCCUUCCGGCACAUCCUCAAUUUCCUGAGGCUGGGCCGCCUGGACCUGCCCCGCGGGUAUGGGGAGACAGCCCUUCUCAGGGCAGAGGCCGACUUCUACCAGAUCCAGCCCCUCCUGGAUGCCCUGCGGGAACUGGAGGCCUCUCGGGGGACCCCUGUACCCACAGCUGCCCUGCUCCACGUAGAUGUAGAUGCCAGCCCGCGCCUGGUGCAUUUCUCCGCGCGCCGGGGCCCGCACCACUACGAGCUGAGCUCCGCACAGGUGGAUACCUUCCGAGCCAACAUCUUCUGCACGGACUCCGAGUGCCUGGGGGCCAUGCGGGUCCGAUUUGGGGUGGCCAGUGAGGGCAGGGCAGAGGGAGGCCCACACUUUCAUCUGGAAUGGGCUCCCUGUCCCGCAGAACUCCCCGAGGCGGAGUAUAGGAGACUGGGUCUGCAGCCUCUGUGGACUGGGGGGCCCGGAGAGCUACGGGAGGUGGUGGGCGCACCCAGCUUCCUGGAGGAGGUGCUGCGGGUGGCUCUGGAGCACGGUUUCCGUCUAGACUCCAUCUUCCCUGACCCCGAAGACCUGCUCAACUCGCGAUCUCUGCGCUUUGUGCGGCACUGAGCCUGCCGCCCUCCCGUCCGGCAGGGGUGGGGGAGAGGGUGGACAGCAAAGGGAACGAAGGCCCCCCUGAAGCCUCUUAGCUCUGCCUCUGGAGCCGUGAGAGUCAGGGCUCCCGCUGCACCUGACUGGAGCCCAGGCGUGGGCAGCAGUUCCCAAGUCUGAGCGCGCUGAGGGCUCACAGCCGCAGGAAGGGUCUGGACUGGUGCUCAUUCUGGGAUGGGUGGGGAAGGUUCUCAAGUUUGUUCCUGCCGGAGACUGGCGGCCUCUAGCGUCUCCUUGGUGGAACUCCGUAUUCAAGGUUCUAGAAAAGUCGGGACACCUCUCUGCCCAGGCUCAGCCUAGUGGGACCCUGGAGGGACACUGGAGUGUGGGAGAAGGACUUCGGAUAGGUGUGAUGUGGUCUCCUGGACCGUGGAUUCUCCUGCUGCUGAAUAGGCCUGCUCUGGCCUGACCAAAGAGAGGCCAGAACACUCUAGAAUAUAGGAAGGGGGAUUCUUUGCUGUGUCUCAGGUCUAAGGGAGACAGAAAGGCUACACCCUACCCUAGGUCGGCAUAGGGAACUGGGGAGAAUGCCCAUACUCUAGACACCCAAGUGUUUUCCAGGGCCCCAUAUUGCUGGAGCCGGCCCCAGGGACGAGGGGCGGCAUCUGCUUGGGUCCUAGGCUUGCUUCGUUCACGUGCUCACGUGUGCCAGCCAGUGCAUCUGAUCGACGUGUGGGUCUCUGCCGUCCUGGCUCCUGUCUGCGUUGCCGGAGAUGGUAUCCGUGGGCUCUGCAUGCCCAGGCCGGUUUGGGGUUGCCCGGUGACUCUCUUGAGUAAAUCGAGAGUGAGGAGUUUCAUCAGAGGGGGGGGGGCUGUGCACACGCAUGUGUGCUCGCAUCACCACGUAGGCAGGACCAGCCGGUGGAGGUCUGAGCCACUAGGAUCUUCCUGGUGGAAGGUAAGAGAAGUCUCUGGGCCCAACCAGGCCUAGGAGGCCCGUGCAGAACUCUCCGUUGCUAAGGCAACUAUGGGCACGUUGCUAGGAGAUGGCUGGGAAGGCCCAGGCUGCCCAGGGCAGAGGGGAGGUGAACAGAAGAGAUGGGGAGAGUGGGGGGAGGACAGGGGAAGGGGUGGGAUUUCUGGUUCCCCCACGAAUGGGAGACUCAUGCACAGCUUCUUCACCGGGGGAAGCACUCGCUCAUUAUUUAUCGCUGGUCAUGAUUUACAAGAAGAAAAAUAAAAUUGCUUUGUGGAACCUCAAA